AUGGUGCAUGAAGAAGUGCGAAAGCAUGAGGGAUCUGAUAAUGCACGAGGAUACCGUGUUUUGACACAUUGUAUCCGACCCGUCUUUAAGGCGGUUAUGGGACGUAGUUCCAUUUGUAUGAUGUAUGCGUAUGUUUGUGUGUCACAGGAUUUAGGACACAAUGAUUGCUGCUUGUCUUGGCUUGUGAUUUUGCAUUUAAAGAAUGUUCGGGUCGGGUCAGGAAGUCAACCUGUUGACCAGUUCCGGUUACCGUAUUCGGCACAUAUCACUAAAUUUACCUCUCAGAUUGCUAUGCUAUUCAUUGUUGUAGCCUUGGUUUGCGCCUUUGUUCCUGUAUUUUCAGUCGACGAAUCUGAAGCAAAAUCAUUAUGGGAUACUUGUCUUGCUAAAAUUUCUCCUCAUUGUGCCUUGAAUACAAUCACUGUUGUUUUUGGAAAUGCAACCAUCAAUGAUUCUUGCUGCCACGAUCAUGUUCAUGAAGGAAAAGUGUGUCACGAUACUCUCAUUAAAUAUAUUGCUGACAAACCAGACCUACUUGCCCGUGAAACACUAUAUUUGAAGAGGACGGACGAAUUGUGGAAUCAUUGCGUUGCAAUCUCAAAAACUGCUUAA